AAAACUAGCAUAUAAAUCCAUUUCAUUUCUGUUCUUUCAUAUAAUUAAUCAUACAUUUCACCUUCUGCAUUUCUUCGAAAUUUUCAUUCUCUAAUUCCAAAUAUUAUUUCACGUCCAUAUCAAGAAUUCCAGAUGACGAAGAAAAUGGUGUUAAAACUAGGAGUUCAUGAUGGAAAGGAGAAGAGGAAGGCCCUCAGAUCAGUUUCUUCUCUUUCAGGGAUAGAGUCUCUGUCAAUGGACAUGAAAGAGAAGAAACUGACAGUAGUAGAAGCAGUGGAUCCAAUUGAAAUAGUUGGAAAAUUGAAGCAGCAUUGCCGCGUAAAGCUUGUGACUACAAGAUCUUGGAAAAUAAAACAUAAUCCUUACUACACACAUACUUCCCAUGUUUACAGUGCUGAAGAAAAUCCCAAUGCUUGUGUUAUUUCUUGA